AGCAUUUUAGCUGUGGUCUUGGGAGACAGAAGGUCAAACCCUUUCUGCUGCAGCAAGGCUCCUUGGCAAGCUGGGCACUAUGCAAUACCUCCUACUUUGUGCCGCCAUCCUCCUACCUAAGAGUCUUGCUUUUCCAGCACAACUUAAAACUGAAUCAUGGAGCAACACAGACUUCGAGAAUGUAAAGGCAUAUCUUGAUAAAUUCUUUCCAGUUCUUACAAAAACACGAACCCUAAGCUUAGAAGAGAGGAUUAAAGAAAUGCAGAGGUUUUUCCACCUGACUGUAACUGGAAAAUUAAAUGCAGAAACAGAAGAAAUAAUGAAACAGCCCAGAUGUGGAGUCCCCGAUAUAGAAGAUUACAAAACAUUUCCUGGAAAUCCAAGAUGGAGAAAGACACAUUUGACUUACAAGAUUGUCAAUUAUACACCUGAUCUACCCCAAAAGAAAGUGGAUGAUGCAAUUAGAAGGGCUUUUAUGGUAUGGAGUGACGUGACUCCACUGCAGUUCCAAAGAGUAUUCAACAGACAUGCAGACAUUGUGAUUGGAUUUGCACGUCGUGAGCAUGGUGAUGGAUAUCCUUUUGAUGGAAGAGGUAACACGUUAGCUCAUGCAUUUGCACCUGGAGAAGGGCUUGGUGGAGAUGCUCAUUUUGAUGAUGAUGAAAGGUGGUCAGAGUCCAACCGAGAAGUCAAUUUGUUCCUUGUUGCUGCUCACGAAUUUGGCCAUUCUUUGGGACUUGCUCAUUCAAAUGACCGUGAAGCUCUGAUGUACCCUAUCUACUCAUAUGUGAACCCAGCAACCUUCAGACUUUCAGAGGACGAUAGGAGAGGAAUUCAGAAGUUAUACGGGAGAAAGUCGUCAAACUCUUGAAGAAAGUGCUUCAAAAAGACCAAAGAAUUCACAUCUGGUUGUUUUGGUGUUCCAAACCAAUUUUAAUCCUCUAGCUGAUUAAAGUGGUAAACUCCUGGACUGCACUUUCUCUCCUGGACUGCACUUUCUCUCCUGGAAUUUUUAUAUUGAUUUGUUUGCACUUUAUACAAUUUCACUUAACAAUUAAAAAACCCUCAAACUUGUA